UCUAGGAAUGAUGUAGACGAAACAAAUAAUAAGAUUAUCCUUUAAAAAUUCACUUAUACCACAAUCAAAUCCAUAUUGAAUCUCACUCAGAACCCUGAUAAAUAUCCACUCUCAGUCCAUAUAUCACUCAAAACUUCAAGAAAAAAAGAUUCUUCAAAAGAGCAAAAAAAUCAAUGGAGAGAGCAAAGUCGAGGAAGCCUCAUAUCAUGAUGAUACCAUACCCACUUCAAGGUCACGUUAUCCCUUUUGUCCACUUAGCCAUCAAACUUGCUUCUCAUGGCUUCACCAUCACUUUCGUCAACACCGACUCCAUCCACCACCACAUCUCCACCGCUCACCAAGAUGACGCCGGUGACAUCUUCUCCGCCGCUCGCAGCUCCGGCCAGCACGACAUACGUUACACCACCGUGAGCGACGGCUUCCCUUUAGACUUUGACCGGUCACUGAACCAUGACCAGUUUUUCGAAGGCAUUCUCCACGUCUUCUCUGCCCACGUGGAUGAUCUCAUCGCCAAACUCUCCCGCCGUGAUGAUCCUCCCGUGACUUGCUUGAUCGCCGACACGUUUUAUGUUUGGUCAUCUAUGAUUUGCGACAAGCACAACCUUGUAAAUGUCUCGUUUUGGACCGAACCUGCCUUGGUCCUCAAUCUCUAUUAUCACAUGGAUCUCCUCAUAUCUAACGGUCAUUUCAAAUCUCUUGAUAAUCGUAAAGACGUGAUCGAUUACGUACCAGGGGUUAAAGCAAUAGAACCAAAGGACUUGAUGUCAUAUCUUCAAGUAAGCGACAAAGACGUAGACACAAAUACAGUAGUAUACAGAAUAUUAUUCAAGGCCUUUAAAGACGUCAAGAGAGCCGACUUCGUCGUAUGCAACACGGUGCAAGAGCUCGAACCAGACUCUCUCUCGGCUCUACAAGCCAAACAACCGGUUUACGCUAUCGGUCCGGUUUUCUCAACUGAUUCGGUAGUUCCCACAAGCUUAUGGGCCGAGUCAGACUGUACCGAGUGGCUUAAGGGCCGGCCCACUGGGUCAGUUCUCUACGUCUCGUUUGGUAGCUAUGCACAUGUUGGUAAGAAGGAGAUUGUUGAGAUAGCUCAUGGGCUUUUGCUUAGUGGGAUUAGUUUCAUUUGGGUUUUACGUCCGGAUAUAGUUGGAUCCAACGUACCAGAUUUUCUUCCAGCCGGGUUUGUGGACCAAGCCCAAGAUCGAGGUCUUGUGGUCCAAUGGUGCUGCCAGAUGGAAGUUAUUUCAAAUCCGGCCGUGGGAGGGUUUUUCACACAUUGUGGAUGGAAUUCAAUUCUAGAGAGCGUUUGGUGUGGUUUGCCUUUGUUGUGUUAUCCACUUUUGACAGAUCAGUUCACGAAUAGGAAGCUUGUGGUCGAUGAUUGGUGCAUUGGGAUUAAUCUUUGUGAGAAGAAGACAAUCACAAGGGACCAAGUCUCAGCGAAUGUUAAAAGAUUGAUGAAUGGAGAAACUUCAAGUGAGCUAAGAAACAAUGUUGAAAAGGUUAAACGUCAUCUCAAAGAUGCGGUUACAACCGUUGGAUCUUCGGAGACGAAUUUUAACUUGUUUGUUAGUGAGGUCCGAAAUAGAAUAGAAACUAAAUUGUGUAAUGUAAAUGGACUAGAAAUAAGUCCAUCAAACUAAACAAUGAAAAAAAUAUUUUGUUAUUUUUAUAAAUAAUUUUUACUAACCGUUUGUUACCAAUCAUGAC